ACCGUUUCCAAAUCCUUGCGGUUCUCCUCCUAAAUUAAUACAUGAGAUUUGAUCGGGAAAACAAUGGACCGCCACAACAAAAUCCAUUCCACCCUCUCCCAACUGUCUUCUCUAACGCGCUUCCCCCUUUCCUUUGCUUUCAUCCUUCUUCCUUCCUUUGUCUUCUUCUUCUUUCUCCUGCUUCAUUCACCUCUCUCACAGAGAAGUUGAGUCGCACGCGUAGGAGUGUGCUUGCGUGUGCUUGCGAGAGAAAUAGUUGCUGAAACAUGGAUUGGUGUUCUCGCCCGUCUUUUGUGAUUCUUCUGGUUGUACUUUUGCUUUCCGUGGACGAUUCUCGGUCUCAAGCGCCGGCAGCCACCCCCACCCCAGCCCCUGUCCCCGCGCCCUCGCCGGACGCCAUCUGCAAUGGCAUCUACCUCUCCUACGUGCUUGAGAAACGGGAGAAGAUCCACCCCUUCACCUCUGACCCGGCGGACCAGCCUUACUCCUUCGGUGCCACCGCCACCGUCCUCAACCACGGCGCCUCCGACCUCCUCUCCUGGACCCUCCUCAUCCCUUUCCGCCACCGUGAGCUCAUCGUCUCCGUUGGCGGCGGCGUCCUCACCAAUGGCUCCACCUUCCCCUACAACACCACCCUCGACGCUAACGCCACCGCCUUCUCCGGCUACCCCAACACCGACCUCAAGACCGCCAUCGAGACCGCCAACGACCUGUCCCAGAUCGAGGCCAAGAUCACCCUCGUCGGUACUUUUUUCGGCUCCCCGCCCCCCUCCGUGCCACUCCCCGAGUUCCUCGUUCUGGACGAUCCCUCCUACAGCUGCCCGCGGCCCACCGUCUACAACGAUUCCUAUGCCGUGGAUACCUGCUGCCUUCCCAAUCCCAACUACGUCCCCAAGGAAAUCAACGUCACUGGCUUCCUCCCUCGCCUCUCCGGCGACCUCAUCAUCUCCUACGACGUCUUGCAGUCCUACGGCAGCAGCUACCUCGCCCUCGUGACCAUCGAGAACCACAACCCGCUCGGCCGCCUCGACCGCUGGCAGCUCUCCUGGGAGUGGGCUCGCAACGAGUUCAUCUACUCGAUGAAGGGCGCCUACCCGUCCGUCGUCGACGUCUCCGACUGCGUCUUCGGCAAGCAGGGACAGUACUACCAGGAUCUGGACUUCUCCAAGGUGCUCAGCUGCAAGCGCAAUCCCACCAUCGUCGACCUCACCCCUUGGCAGUACAACAACACCGAUCUCGGCCGCAUCCCGCACUGUUGCCGCAACGGCACCAUCCUGCCGCCGGAGAUGGACCCGGAGCAGGCCGUCUCCGCCUUCCAGGUUCAGGUGUACAAGAUGCCGCCCGACCUCAAUCGCUCCGUCCUCUUUCCCCCGGUCAACUGGAACAUCUCCGGCACCCUCAACCCGGACUACCAGUGCGGCCAGCCCAACCGCGUCAGCCCCACCGCCUUCCCCGACUCGAGCGGCCUCGAUUCCGACAGUCUCGCGCUCGCGAGCUGGCAGGUGGUCUGCAACAUCUCCCGCCCCAAGGGCGCCAGCCCCAAGUGCUGCGUCUCUUUCUCCGCCUUCUACAACGACUCCGUCGUCCCCUGCAAGACCUGCGCCUGCGGCUGCCGGGCCGGCACCAGCGGCCCCACCUGCAACGCCACCGCGCCGGCGCUGCUCCUCCCGCCGGAGGCCCUCCUCGUGCCGUUCGACAACCGGACCGCCAAGGCCGUCGCCUGGGCGGAGAUGAAGCACUACAACGUCCCCUCCCCGCUGCCGUGCGGCGACUACUGCGGCGUGAGCAUCAACUGGCACGUCCUGACCAACUACAACAAGGGGUGGAGCGCCAGGGUGACGCUGUUCAACUGGCGCGAGGACCAGUUCGCGGACUGGUUCCUGGCCGUGAGAAUGGACAAGGCCUAUGCGGGGUACGAGCAGAUGUAUUCCUUCAACGGGACGGCGAUGGGGGACAACACGAUCUUCAUGCAGGGCCGACCGGGGCUGGACUACCUCAAUGGGGAAGCGAACGGCAACAACCCGGACAACGAUCCCAGAGUGCCCGGGAAGCAGCAGUCGGUCAUGUCCUUCACCAAGACGAAGACGCCCGGGAUCGACAUCACUGCGGGGGACGGCUACCCCUCCAAGGUGUACUUCAACGGGGAGGAAUGCUCGAUGCCAGAAAUGAUUCCUACGAAUUGGGCGCCCAGGAGCGGGGGGGGGAUUGGUCUCGUCACUCUGUUGUUGCUCGUGCUGGCCGUAGUAGCUCUGGUGAUCUUGGAGCCGUAGCUCUGUUCUCCUCCCGCAGCUGCCAAUUCUUUGAUUCUUUCUGUAAAAUUGGAUUGGAUGAUAGUGUAUGCAUCUGCUAUCACUGUUC